CUGUAAAAUUGCUAGCAAAAGCGGUGGAAUCGUUUAACAUAGUUGAAAUCGGACGAUUUUAGCGAUUAUACAAAUUCUAGCAAAACCCAUAAUAUUACACGUGCUUUACUUAAAAACCUACUACAACUCUCAAAAAUCCUUUUUCCCUAAAAAUGUCCCGCAGCCUUCCUCACCUUUCCCCUAUUUUCAUCUAAAAAACCCUAGGCUAGAUCAUUCAACCUUUCUUCUUCUUCGUCUGCCAUUGUCAUCGGCUUGCGGGUUUGCAAUUUUCAUUCAACUGAUCUCGACUCUUCCACCAUUUUCAUUCAGUCGAACAACAAUUCACAGUCGAAGAAUAACAGUCGAAGAACAAUCGAAGAACAUUUUCAAUUCAUCAACAUUUUUCUUCGUCUGCCAUUUUCAUAGUUGUUCAGUAAUUGUAAGCUUCUAUCUUUCAACUGGGCAUACAACUCUUUGAACAAGAACUCAUAACAUGGAGGAGUGGGAGGACGAACCGGUGUCACUAAUCCUCAAAAAGGACCAACCUAGGAGUAAUUGGGAUGAUGAAGAUGUUGAUGAUGAUGGAGUGAAAGAAUCUUGGGAGGAUGAAGAUGAACCUGAACCGGCUCCUGCACCGGUUAAAGCACUUGAAAAACCUGCCAAGAAAACUGGAUCCAAGGAAACAGGAAAAAAAGGAAAAACAGAAGUUGUUGAAGAUAUAGUAUUGGAUCCUGUAGCAGAGAAACUCCGUCAGCAAAGGCUGGUGGAGGAAGCAGAUUAUAAGUCUACAACCGAGCUGUUUGCCGGAACAAGUGAUGAGAAGAGUAAUAAAAUUAAGAGUCUUGACAAUAUUAUACCCAAAUCUGAAAAUGACUUUUUAGAAUAUGCUGAACUGGUUUCUCAAAGGCUUCGUCUACAUGAAAAAAGUUACCAUUACAUUGGGUUACUGAAGGCAGUUAUGAGACUUUCAAUGACUUCAUUGAAAGCUUCUGAUGCAAAGGAAGUUGCCUCUUCAAUUACAGCAAUAGCAAAUGAAAAGCUGAAGGCAGAGAAAGAGGCCAAUGCUGGUAAAAAGAAAACAGGCUUAAAGAAGAAGCAGCUUCAUGUUGAUAAACCUGAUGAUGAUCUUGUUGUUAAUGCCUACGACGAUAUUGACGACUAUGAUUUUAUGUGAGCAGCAAUCACAAUUGAUUGAAUGGAAAUCUAGUCAGUGUCCUUUUCCUCUCCAUGGAAUUGUUAUAUUACAACUUUUUAGCUACAGAGGAAAAGAUGCCAUGGAUUAGCGUCGCAUUAUUCAGAAGAGUUUCUUUUGUGGCAAGUCCGUCAGUAGAUUUUAUAUGCUUGCAUAAGUUGUUACAAAACCAUAGAGUUUUGAGAAUGAUAAGACUGCGUAAUCCAGUAUAUAACUGGAACUGAUGAGUUCGAUUUUUGUUACAGCUUUCUCUACCUCGAGGCUAAUAAUAGCCUAAUACAUUCAUGAAUGAGAUUUGAUCUGUAAUAGUUGCCAAAACUGUUGAUUU